UGAAGAGAGAAGAUACUCUAACGUAAAGAUAAAUAGUUCAACUACAUUCUAAACAUUUUCAAUUCAGAAUGAUAAUGAAAUACAUCUCUGUUGUCGUCUUAAUAUUUACAACUGAAAUGCUCAACACUUACAAUGCUAAGGAAGAGAAUUCAUUAGAACCAACAUCGAUUCUAUUCAACUUCACUGAUCCCCAAACCACUGCAUUUGAAAAUUGGAUUGAGGUAUCAGAUGCAAUUCUAAUCGGAGGGCGGUCUAAAGCUACAAUCGUACCACUCAAUGGAACGAAUUACCAAUCGGCAUUAUUGUUCUAUCUACUCAAUCCACGAGAAAAUGGAUCGAGUUUCGCUGGUGUCUACAGGCAAUUGGAUACUCCGGAUAUUUCAAAAUAUACAGGUGU